AGGAAUAGAACCUGAGACACAGGAGAGGUUCCGAACGUGCUGCCCUUCAACAGCUAACCUUAAUAGCUCAAUCUUUCAUGCUAAAUAUUCUGCUGUCCUCUCUCUCCAAAUUAAAUCAAAACGAUCCGCCACAAAACUCAUUUCCUAAAACUCAAAAAACCCGCAUCACAGCGGACUUCCAAAAGACCUGCCUCAGAGGUCGCCAAGCAACGCCUCUUUCCCGAGGAAAGGGCGGGCUCAGAAAACACUCCGUUCUCCUUUUGCCUCAUCCUGUCCACGCCCCUUCCCAAAUCUCGCGAGACCUCAGCAACUCAGCUUCUGCGCACAGCAAGACACUGGGAGUCCAGACGCCAAGGGAGGGGGAGGGGAAAGGGGACAAACGGUGCAAACGGCGUAGCCGCCAUCUUGUUUGUGGCCCCACUCCGCGCGCGCUCCGUUCUCCGUGACGCACGCUUCCCCCUCCCCUCUGCUGUGCCCGGGCCUCUGUAUUGCCCGACGCCGCAGGAGUGCGGGGGCGGUUUCUGAUCUUCCGAGGACUCCCUCGUAGAGUUUUCGAAAUGUCCACAGAAGGAGGGUUUGGUGGUACUAGCAGCAGUGAUGCCCAGCAGAGCCUCCAGUCCUUCUGGCCUCGUGUCAUGGAAGAAAUCCGGAAUUUAACAGUGAAAGAUUUCCGAGUACAAGAACUCCCACUUGCUCGUAUUAAGAAGAUUAUGAAACUGGAUGAAGAUGUGAAGAUGAUCAGUGCAGAAGCCCCUGUACUCUUUGCCAAGGCAGCCCAGAUUUUUAUCACAGAGCUGACUCUUCGAGCCUGGAUCCACACAGAGGAUAACAAGCGCCGAACACUUCAGAGGAAUGAUAUCGCUAUGGCAAUAACAAAAUUUGAUCAGUUUGACUUUCUCAUCGAUAUUGUUCCAAGAGAUGAACUGAAACCUCCAAAGCGUCAGGAGGAGGUGCGCCAGUCUGUGACUCCUGCCGAGCCCGUCCAGUAUUACUUCACACUAGCUCAGCAGCCCACUGCAGUCCAGGUCCAGGGGCAGCAGCAAGGCCAGCAGACCACCAGCUCCACAACCACCAUCCAGCCUGGGCAGAUCAUCAUCGCACAGCCUCAGCAGGGCCAGACCACACCCGUGACGAUGCAGGUUGGAGAAGGUCAGCAGGUGCAGAUUGUCCAGGCCCAGCCACAGGGUCAAGCCCAGCAGGCCCAGAGUGGCACUGGACAGACCAUGCAGGUGAUGCAGCAGAUCAUCACUAACACGGGAGAGAUCCAGCAGAUCCCAGUGCAGUUGAAUGCUGGCCAGCUGCAGUAUAUACGCUUAGCCCAGCCUGUAUCAGGCACCCAGGUUGUGCAGGGACAGAUCCAGACACUUGCCGCCAACGCCCAGCAGAUCACACAGACAGAAGUCCAGCAAGGACAGCAGCAGUUCAGCCAGUUCACGGAUGGACAGCAGCUCUACCAGAUCCAGCAAGUCACCAUGCCUGCGGGCCAGGACCUCGCCCAGCCCAUGUUCAUCCAAUCAGCCAACCAGCCCUCCGAUGGGCAGGCCCCUCAGGUGACCGGCGACUGAGGGCCUGAGCUGGCAAGGCCAAGGACACCCAACACAGUUUUUGCCAUACAGCCCCAGGCGAUGGGUACAGUCUCCCUCCCCAGAGGACCCUGCCGACUUCAGUGCCUCCUGCAGGCUAGGACACUGGUGCACUACAUCCCAUGCCUGGGGACCGAGAUUCUCCAACAGAAAGAUGCAAUAUUUUUUGUUUUCUUUUUUUCCUCCAAGGAAUCAGUAAUUCAUUAUGUUGAGCUGCGUGUCCAAUUGCUAUGAAAUGAGAAUAUUAAAUAACAUAUUUAUAACAUUUCCUUGAAGUGUGUGGUUAAAAAAAUACUUCAUUUUCAUUUUGAUUCUUAUUACCACUUAGGAGGAGAUCUUCUUAGGGGGUGUGGGAUUUUCUGGCUCUUAGAAUAGGUGCUGCCCCAAGAUUUUGCCACCACUCUCUGCCCUCAUACUGAACUGGUGAACGUGUUAGCUUCUUCCUCACUAGUUCUCUUUCCCACCCCCUUGCUCACCUGAGCUCUGUUUUUGCACCCAGAAGCCACUGAAACAUUCCUUGUGUUUAAGAGAUAGACUCAUUCUCCAUGAAGAGUGGAUCAUUCCACAGCCUUCUCUCCCAGGGACCCAAGGAGACUAGAACUUUGUGCGUUUUGCCCCCUCCUAGUUUUAUUUUUAAACACAUUAAAAGUGUGCUAGUCUCUCCUGUGCUGCAUGGACUUCAAACUGCAUGAAAUGCAAUAAAUCUCAUUUUAGAUA